AUGGAUCACCAAACAAUGCCGGAAGUAAAAAAUAGACAAAGGAGCACGCGUGACGCUAAAUCAAGAGUGCAGAUCAAUGGAAGUUUAUCGAAUGGGAGCUCAAGUAAAAUUGAUACUGCGGAUGAGAUAAAAGAAGAAGAAGCUAAUGUGUCGGAGCUUGAAUUAAUCCAAAAAGAUUUAAACAGUGUCUCGGAUAAUUUUUUUAAGCGCUACUGCAAUUUGUUGAAGCUAGACUUGUCAGACAACAGGCUGUCUUCUCUCCCAAGCGCUAUCACGUGUUUAAUCAAGUUGGAGACUUUAAUUUUGGAUAGAAAUCAAUUUAGAGAGGUUCCCCAAGUUCUGGAAGAGCUUGAGUGCUUAAAAGAGCUGAGUAUUGUCAAUAAUAGGCUGGAAGAUUUUCCAGAAAAUUUUGGAGCUUUGCUAAAGGCUGAAAAAAUAAAUUUUUCGGGAAAUUGUAUUAAAUUUUUACCAACUUCUUGGGAAAAAAUGACGCGUUUAAAGUUUUUGGAUUUAUCGGAUAAUUAUUUUAAAUUUAUUCCGUCUUGUAUUGAGUUUGGUAUGCCAAUUUUGGAGACUUUAAAUUUAUCUGAUAAUAAAAUGAAUAUUGACGGGCGAGUUUAUAGUCACAGAAUAAAAAAAUUUUACGGAAGAAAUAAUCUAAAUGCCCGGCUUCAAUUUCCACAGUGGAUUUUUUCCGGGAAAUAUUAUAAAUUUGAAGAGCUUAAUUUUGAAAAUUCACUUUUUGAUUUAAUUAAAAUUCCUCCUAAUCCAAAAAUAAUAGUCAGAGUUUUAAAUUUACAACGCUGUAAUUUUACAGAGAAAAAUAUUUCCGCUAUAUUAAGCGAUAUUGAAUCUGUUGAGGAGUUAAAAAUUGGAAAUAAUAAAUAUAGUUAUGCGGGAAAUUUAUUUACGGAAUUACCGAUGGAAUUUAUUAACUCACCUGGGGAGAUUAAGGAGUUUCAUUCACAAGCGGUUGGGCUUUCGACGAUUUCUCCGAAGAUUAAAAGUCUGGUUAAUGUUACUGUGAUUGACUUUAGCCGGAAUCACAUCAGCUGGCUUCCGGAUGAAUUUUGCUGUUUGAAAAAAUUGGAGAUUUUGUUAUUGGCCCAGAAUACUUUGAUUAUGUUGCCGGGGAAUAUUGGCAAGCUGGAGAGCUUACGGGUGCUGGAUGUUUCGAGCAAUCAUAUUUGCUCGCUGCCGGAGUCUAUGAGGGAACUUGAGAAGAUUCAGUAUCUGGAUAUUUAUGCUAAUGAUUUGAGAGAGUUACCUGAGUACCUGAAGGAUUUUGGGAGUCUUGUUGGAUUUGAUGUGGAGCAGAAUUAUAUUGAUGUGGAUAAUUAUCAAAUACUAAACUUUAAAAAUCUCCGUGAAUCACUGAGAGCCUACAAUCAAUCAGAAUUAAAACUAGAUGGUCCAAAGGCAGAGCCCCAGAGCAAUUCAUCAAACAGUUCAUUUAGUUCACGUAGUUCCACCGAAAGUUUCUCUACUCUCUCAAAUUCAAUGUCGCAAGUAUGUUCAAUAAAAACCGAAGACUGGGACAAAGACGGUGACAGCGCGGAUGAUUUUGACGCCUAUAAUCCACCGCAAAUUAUUGAAAAAGACUGCUUUAUACCAAAGUACAUUUACGGCAACCCAAUGUACUUUUGCCCCGCGGAUUUACACAUACCUAGAGUGAAAGAUGUAGUAGCUGAAAAUUACUCUCGCGGAAAAUAUCCAACGCGGCAAAUUGUCGAAGGACAAUUUGACAAUAUUGACUAA